CGCGGACGACACGCAGAGAGGCGCCGGGUCAACGCGCCAGGUAGCAACGCCUCAGGACAACCGCGCCGUCGACGUUCCCUUCGUCGCCAUCCUCGUCCUCGCCGUUGUCUCAGCGGCGAGGUGGUGUCGUGGCUCUUCCUCUUUAGAACGCGGACAACCGCGGCGACUCCGGGGGAAGGCAACCAUGGGGUCUCUCCACGCCGUCUCUGGGAGCUUCGUUCUCCUCGCGGCCACGGUCGUCUUAUUGCCCGCCACGCAUAACACACCAUUUGCAUACGCCGCAACUGCCGGCGGUAGUUUUCUGGGCGACGUGAACAUCUCUCAGAUACUGGACUCCUUCUCCGUCAGUUACGAUAAAAGAGUAAGGCCGAACUACGGAGGUCCUCCUGUCGAGGUGGGCGUCACCAUGUACGUCUUGAGUAUCAGCUCCCUAUCCGAAGUGAAAAUGGACUUCACGUUGGAUUUUUACUUCCGACAAUUCUGGACGGACCCGCGACUCGCGUUCAAGCAGCGAACGGGUGUCGAAACGCUCAGCGUCGGUUCAGAAUUCAUCAAGAACAUUUGGGUCCCCGACACCUUCUUUGUCAACGAGAAGCAGUCGUACUUUCACAUCGCUACCACCAGCAACGAGUUCAUUCGCAUUCACCAUUCGGGAAGCAUCACGCGUAGCAUACGCUUAACGAUUACAGCGUCGUGUCCCAUGAACUUGCAGUAUUUCCCGAUGGACCGGCAGUUGUGCCAUAUCGAGAUCGAGAGCUUCGGAUACACGAUGAGGGACAUCCGGUACAAGUGGAACGAGGGCCCGAACAGCGUCGGGGUCAGCAACGAGGUCUCCCUGCCUCAGUUCAAGGUCCUCGGUCAUCGCCAACGCGCCAUGGAGAUUAGUCUUACCACCGGGAAUUACUCGCGGCUGGCCUGCGAGAUCCAGUUCGUACGGUCGAUGGGCUACUACCUGAUCCAGAUCUACAUACCCUCAGGGCUGAUUGUCAUAAUAUCGUGGGUGAGCUUUUGGCUAAACCGAAACGCGACCCCCGCUCGGGUGGCCCUCGGAGUAACCACUGUGCUCACUAUGACGACCCUAAUGUCCUCGACGAACGCGGCGCUACCAAAGAUCUCCUACGUCAAGUCCAUCGACGUCUAUCUGGGCACCUGCUUCGUCAUGGUCUUUGCCUCGUUGCUCGAGUACGCCACGGUGGGCUACAUGGCGAAGAGGAUUCAGAUGCGGAAGAAUCGGUUCCAAAAGAUAGCCGAGAGCAUGAAGGCCGCGAGCGAAAAUCCAGGACCGCCGCGCGUGCCCGGCGAUCAUGGCGAUCACGCGCCUAAACAAACUGUGAGUAGCGACGGCCAGAGUGUUGUCGUUCCCGAUUUCUUUCUUCCACGCAGAAUGUCGUUUUGUCACCGCGUAUGACCAGGAGAUCCAGACGUACUAGCGUUCCCCUGGACGAUUUUACACGCUUUCUUUCAGCGAGUAGACGAUCGGCUCUGUCAAGAUAUCCAGAUGUCCAGAUCGUGGCACGAUUACAGAUUUAUGCAUAAUCGUAGCACUUGUUUCAUUACUUUACAGCUCCCGAGAGCUGUGUAAUAUUAUAUAAACAUACACAUACUACAAAUA